CACUGAAGAAGUUCCAGCUAUAAUAUUUCAAUUUGAUGAACAGCUAGAUAAGACGACACUUUUCAAAAUUUUAAUUCAAUUUGUAUGAAGUAUUUGACUGCACACAACAUCACUUAAUUUAAAGGAACAACAAAAACAAGUACAGUGAACAGGUACUGGAUGUAAUCUUAAGAUGUGCGUGAAUUCACAGUGACAGCUACCAUUUCCUGGUGUGUGACUUGGUGAGCGUUCGUUUUUCUUGUAUAAGACUGUUUUACAACUUCGUUUUACAGCACAGUAAAGGAAUCUUGCACGAACUAUAGAAAUGACAGAUAUGCUGCAGCUUCCAGCUGUACAGAUUUCAUCUUCAGGCAAUGGCACUGUGGCUUGGUCAAGAUCCUCAACUCCAACACUUCGAAGGAAGCGUUUCAAAAUGAAACGUUGGAAGAAUGUUCAGAGUGAAAAAGAACAAAUGGUGAACAAUAUUUACUGUGGUCCGAUAACCAAAGAGUACCUACAGCUUCCUUCUAUUGAAAUCACUCCAUCAAGUGAUGAGGAUACUCCUUGGUCAAAUUGUUCCACGCCAAGUGCUUCUCCACGCCGCAAACGUUUCCUGUUGAAGAAAUGGUUGAAAGUUCGUGAGAAAGGUGAAGCAAGUGAGACCAGUAGCCAGCAGAGCAGUCAACAAAGCAGCCAUGAAGAUGAUUCUUCUCGGUUCCUGACUCCAUACAUACGAGAGGAAAGGUCAGACAGUACUACUGACAGGUUUGGCACUGCCAGUAAUUCUGCUCGGAGCACCCCAGCCUGCUCACCCAUCCUGAGGAAACGAUCGAGAUCCCCGACCCCUCAGAACCUAGAGGGUGAGAACAUGGUGGAGAAAGGCUCAGACCAUUCCUCAGACAAAUCGCCUUCCACCCCCGAACAAGGUAUCCAACGGAGCUACUCUUCCCAGUCUGGUCGAAGCAGCAAGAACUCCAAGAAAAGCCAGAGCUGGUACAACGUUUUGAGUCCAACCUACAAACAGCGGAAUGAGGAUUUCAGAAAGCUCUUUAAGCAGCUGCCAGACACAGAGCGACUCAUUGUUGAUUACUCUUGUGCUUUGCAAAGGGACAUCCUCCUGCAAGGGCGACUCUACCUCUCAGAAAAUUGGAUCUGCUUCUAUAGCAACAUCUUCAGAUGGGAAACACUGCUCACUGUACGUCUCAAGGAUGUUUGCUCGAUGACAAAGGAGAAAACAGCUCGCCUCAUCCCCAAUGCUGUCCAAGUUUGCACUGACACUGAAAAGCACUUUUUUACUUCAUUUGGAGCCCGGGACAGAACCUACAUGAUGAUGUUCAGACUCUGGCAAAAUGCACUGCUUGAAAAGCCUCUUUGUCCCAAAGAGCUGUGGCACUUUGUUCAUCAGUGUUAUGGGAAUGAGCUUGGUCUAACCAGUGAUGAUGAAGAUUAUGUUCCUCCAGAUGAUGACUUCAAUACGAUGGGGUUCUGCGAAGAAAUCCCAGUGGAAGAAGUAGAGGUGAAUGAUAAUACAUCUAAAAGCAGCAUAGAAGUAAAGACGGAUGCCAGUCCACAGAUGCAAAAGAAAUCAAUCACGAAUAGUACAAUAACCUCCACAGGGAGCAGUGAGGCCCCUACCUCAUUUGAUGGCAUUCCACCAGAGGAGGAUGACCGUCACCUAGAAGGUGAAAUUGAAGCCCUUCAGGCCAUUGACAAGAAUGAAAUCAGUUUGCCUGUAAACUCUCCUUCCCUGGACUUCAACGAUAAUGAGGACAUUCCAACAGAGCUUAGUGACUCCUCUGAAACGCAUGACGAGGUGGGACUAACUACAGCUGAUUUUAAAAAACUGAAAACAGGAGAAGUGCAAGCAUUCUAUGAAGAUCUUAAUGGCCGACAAUACAUUAAUGAGGUUUUUCAUGUCAAUGUGGACAAGCUGUAUGAUCUACUCUUCACUGACUCCCAGUUUCUACGAGAUUUCUUUGAGCAGCGGAGGUUCACUGACAUGGUUCGUCAUCCUUGGAAGAAAGAAGUUAAUGGCAAUCAGACCCGCGUAAUAUUGUACACUAUUGCUCUCUCAAACCCACUUGCGCCAAAAACUGCCACAGUCACCGAGACCCAGACUUUGUACAAAGCCAGCCAGGAGAGUGAGUGUUAUGUGAUCGAUGCAGAGGUGAUUACACAUGACGUUCCAUAUCAUGAUUACUUCUACACAAUCAACAGAUAUAGCCUUACACGGGUGGCAAAAAACAAAAGCAGGCUGAGGAUAUCAACAGAACUGAAGUAUAGGAAACAGCCAUGGGGUUUGGUGAAAUCAUUCAUUGAGAAGAAUUUUUGGAGUGGUUUAGAUGACUAUUUUAGACAUUUAGAUAUUGAGCUUGCAAAAAUAGAGAAACAAUAUGCUGCUGAACUGCACAGGCAAUCUCCAAAAGAAAAGCCCAACAAAUCAUCCACAAUUCGAAGGAGAAAGCGACCUCACAUGCACAUGCGAAGCCAACACCUCGAUGAAACAGUCAGUCCCGUUACUACACCAACUGAUGAAGAGGUAGCCCAGAGGAUUAAACAUGUGGCAGGUUCCACACAAACAAAACACAUCCCAGAAGAAAUUCCAGGAGGAAUUCAGCUUUAUAGUGUUUCCAAGUUAUUGCUGAUCAUAAGCUUUGUCUUGGUGCUACUAGUGUUUCUGAAUAUGAUGUUAUUUUACAAGCUAUGGAUGUUGGAAUAUACAACGCAGAGUCUCACUACCUGGCAUGGGAUCAGGCUCCAGGAGAGCAAACUUCCCCAGUCACAGGCGGAGUGGGCCCAGUUAUUAGAGUCACAACAGCGUUACCAUGAUACUGAACUACAGAAAUGGAGAGAGAUUUUAAAAUCAUCAGUAGUGCUUCUAGAUCAGAUGAGAGACUCGUUAAUAACUCUACAAAAAGGCAUCGGUUUGCGUGAUUACAGUUCUGAAACAGACAAGCGAGAUCGGUUUCACUGAUGGGCAUUACCAAGGCCGAAGAGGGAAUAGUGUGCAAUAUAGAUAUAUAUAAAUUAUAUAAAUAUAUAUAUAAUAAAAAGAAGACACUGGAACCACAGGCUGAGUUGGACCUCCAGGACUGCUGCCCCAGUCAGCGGAAUCAAAAUUGACAAAAUCAAGAUCCUGUACCAGUUAGAAACUGUGGCAGAACUACGUUCUGACAGCACUGAACCAUCUUGGGAAGACAACAGCCCCGCUAAUCUGCCUACACACUCAUGUUGUAAAUCCUAGAAUGUUGUACUGUAAGCUUUAACAUGUAACAAAAGCAUGUAAUAUUAUCUGUGGGCUGUCUGUUGUGGAAGAGAUGUAAUUGAAGUCCCGUGUGCUCUGUGUUAAAGUAAGAUAUUCAUCAAACACAGUUAGGAGCAGGGUGAGGAUCUUGAAACUAUUACAGGUCAUUGUACCUGCGAAAACACCACUUAUACACAUUAUUAACAAAAUUAAUCAAAUGUAUUGAUUCUGACUCAGAGUGAAUGGGUAACGAAACUGUGAAUAUCUGUAUUGAUAAAACUUGAAGACAUUCUAAGUUACAAGUGACUUGCAGAAGUGUGGCAUGUCAGUCUGUUCAGUUUUUAGUUCUACAGUUGUAUAGUAGAAAAUUGAAAAAACUACAGAAAAGUAACUGGAAUCCUGAUGUGACUGACUUAGAUAUUUAUUAUUGUAAAUACAGACUAAACAAUCUAUCAUAGGCAGGUCCCAGAAUAUAUAGGGCAAAAGCGUGUCUCUGUUCUGUAACUCUCCUUACAGCAUGUUUAAAAGAUGCAGAUUGCUCACCUGAUGCUCGCAGAGUGCAUGUGUGGAACCUGACUGUGAAGCAUUCCGUGUUCUUCGUUGAAAUGGUAACAGUUAGUUACAGAAGAGAGUUUCAUCACCAUUAAUGUGCUGAGGCAGUUGCAGGGAAGUGCAAGGCAGUUGAGAUGUGCAUUGUCACAUUUAGCUGUGCUGCAGAAGUGUGGAAUGUCAGUUUUUAUUUCUACAGUUGUAUAGUAGAAAAUUGAAAAACUACAGAUUAGUACAGUUUUUUUUAUAUAUGCAUAUACUGUUGACCCUGACUGAUUUAAUGAGAUUUAAAUUUCCCAAUAGGAGUCAAUGAGCCACAAUUUAUUAAAAUAAAGAAUUAUGGAUUUGUCUUAAGGUUCCCUGUGUGAUUUGAUCCACAGACCAGGCAGGAUCUUACUGGAUUCAGUGGGAUUUUUAAUUUGAGUGUCCUGCCAUUUUUUUUGAAGUGUCUCACUAGAGAACAGAAAAACCACCCUGUAUUCUUGCUAAAACAACACACACAAGAGACAAGGAUGUAAUGUUUAGUGACCAAAAUGCAAUGUGGUUGGCUCAUUAGAACAGAACUACAUGUGACAACAAGAGCAUGGUGCAGGAACACACAUGCUGCUUGGUGGAAUAGCGGCAAAGAGCUGAUAAAAUGAAGCGGCGACAGCCAAGCACUUUAAUUCACCCAAGCCCCAUUGUCAUCAUUGAACUUGUGCAUGCUGACACUUUAAACAAAUGUCGGUAGAUACUUUGCCAGAGCAUGUACAAGAAUAAAACAAAUUCAAAGUGAAUUCUGAAAACAAUAUGGCCCAUUAAGAUACAAUCUUCAAAAAUGGGACCUUGGAAUUGGAUGCUCACCUGUGAACUGUGUGGGAAAGAAUAAAUGACCUUCUAUUGUUAUAGUCCAAAAAAAAUGGUAUUUAAACUCUUUUUAUAACAUAUUAUCGUGCUUGUCUGUGGGCUGACAGAAUUGGAAAGUUCGGUGCAAUGGUCGACAAGUGCUGAAUUAGGCUUUUUCAUUUUGUUCAAAGAUUAACCAGUAUUGUGAGCAUUAAUUUCAAUGGGCCACCCUGAACCUAAUAUGUUUAAAGUUUGCUGGGACAAAGUUGGGGAGCGGGGGUUGAAUUCUGACUGACUCGGAAACAAAAAGAACUUGUCACCAGAUGGUUUUCAACAUGAAAUUUGUGGCAACUUGGUUUUUCCCAGAACUGUGGACUGUAUUAGUGCUAUUUUAUCAGUCUAGUGAAAACUGAAGUUUCAAAGACUUGCAAUGAAUUCUGGAGGAAGAACAAUGUGCUUUAGAGUUUUUAAAGAAAUUGGACUCCAGUAACUAACUCCAUAAGCGCAUCUUACCUGAGGGUGUUCCUGUGUGGACAAUUACUAGAUUUAUAACACAGCUGCCAAUAUGUACCAUUUCAAUGCAGUCAGAUACAAUAAGAUUUGAUAUCUAAUAUAAGGUGCUUUAGUAUGAUUGAUAUGACAUUUUCUAAAAAAAAUGCUUUCUAAACAGAACAAAUCUUUCUAUUAGUUCCAAAGUUUGUGUUGUCAAUCUGAAAUUAUUUAACAAUAUUUAAUCAAUUAAAGAGCAAGAUGUGUGUGAUCAGUGAGUUAUUUGCAUUGUAAGUAUGCAUACACAUGCCCAGUAUAUACCAGUGCACUGUUGUCACCUAUUGACAGAGUAUUUCAGUGCAAUUUAUCAAUAAGCCCACAAUAUUUUGUCUUAAGGAUAAGCACAGCCUAAUUUAUGUCCUACAAUUCACUUAAAUUGUGGGAAAUAUAGAAAAAAGGCAAUGACCAAUCCUAAUAUUGACUUUGGAUGUUUUGAUAAAUAAUGACAAAUCUAUUUCUAACUGAAUUACGGCAUAUUAUUCUGUGAACAGGUCACUCAUAAGUACCACAUUCACCUUGCUUUUUGUCAUGCAGCACAUCCACACUCAGCAUGACUGGCAGAAUCAAGUGGCAGAUACUUUGCAGUAAUGUCACUAAUCAGAUUUGAUAGGUUGGUGAUGUCGAUCACUCCAUACAGUAUGUUGAGGAGCACAGACUUUUCUUUUUUUGUGCUAAAUUAUUAACUUAUUUUUUUUAAAAGUUCUGAAUUCAUUGCUACAUUUUGUGUUGCCUUUAAUAUUUGAGUUUGUAUUUUCAAUUCAUGGAACAGAAUUCAAAAAUAGUCAAAAAAAUAGAUUUGCACUGCAGAAAAGUAAUUUUGGAUAUCUUGAUGCUAUUCAGUUGCUUACAGACGUUGUACUAUUUUUGUGUCUGUGCUCAGUAUUGUAUAGGAUUGCCAGCAUAUUAUGAGUUGAAACUGUCUUGGUUUUAAACUGGCUAAGAUAUAUGGCUAGUUUUGUUUUUAGAGUUUACAUUAUGUGUAACACCAAAAAUCAGUCGAGCAGGAUUUGAGAAAAGUGUUAGGAUAAGAAAAUAGUAAUGCAGGCCUGAGAGUAAAUUUACAAGCCAUGAAUGAGUGAGUGCGUGUGUGCCUGUAUCUAUCAGAAGGGAAGAGAUAAAAUGUAUAAAAUACAAUUCUGUAAUUUUAAUUGCUGUACCAACCACUGGGUAAUAAUCCGUGAAUCAAAUUUAAGUUCCUCACAUGACAUUGUUGAAGCAGUAGGAAUGAAAACUGAGUUAUUGUUUUUCUUAAAGUGUACAUGGGCCAGUAUCAUUCUCGGUGGGUUGUUCUUACAGAAAUACCCCACAGCUGUCCUACUUGAGAAAUUGUAAAAUGUUUUCUUUGGAUCACCCAAGGUUUUAGGACAAAACCUAAAGCAAAAUCGGGGAAGGAAUAGUAAAUCCUACUGGAUAUUUGGUAAAGGUAGGUUUUGUAUUCAUUUACAUGAUGGAAUUUACCAGCUAUCAGUUUGUUUUAUUUCUUACUUUAAUCUGUAUAAUAAGUGAUACUUUGAGUAAAGGAUGAUUUGGUUAUGUUUCAAAAUUCAUUUUUUUAAGGUAGCACAUUGUGUUUUACCAUGAUGUAAUAAUCAUAAUGCAAUUAAGGUAGUAAAGUGACCCCUGUGCCUGAAAAUAACUUGUGACCUAUAGAAUUCAAAAAGUAUAGAGCAACGGUAAAAUAGAUUUGACCCACUGAAUUAUGGUAAACUUUUUGAAAGCCGUUAUUUCUAAUCAUUUUGUAUUCAUAUGGCACUUUUGAAAUGUCAAUGUAUUGAUACUACUUAGAGCUAAAAUGCAUUUGUAGAAACGGUGUCCUCUAUUGCAAAAUAUACAGAAAAUGUGUAUGAGUGUUCAGGGCCCACUUACACAUGCGUUACCUCUUUUACUCAGAUUUAUACUCAAGUUCUUGGGGAGUGCACUUUGUCCACCUUUUGUCUCUUGUUUUUUGCGUUUUAUGGUUAAACAUGAUUGAAUAUACGUCUGUCAAUCAUUCCCAAAUUAAGCAUAAUCUGAAAUCUAAAAUCAGAUCAAGCUAAAUGAAGCACCAUUCCUGAUAGCAGAAAGAGCUAUGCUGUUUAUGGCCCUUUGUGUGUAUUAGUUCACACAUAUGGACCUAGAAAUUCGGCCGCACAGCCUCCUAAAUUUAAUACAGCGGGUAGAAAGUGCACACUCAUUACGAGCUGGAAAUUUGCUGCUGGCCAUUUUAGUAAAGACCAAAAAUCAUAUGCAUAAGGGGCCUAACCCUUGCUUGAGGCCCCCACUGCAGAUUGGUUUAUUCUGAAAUAAAAACUGAAUAUGCUGGAAAUAUCAGAUCAGACAACAUUUGUGAUGGGAGAAAUUUAACAUUUCAAGUUGGCGACCUUUCAUUUGAUGAAAGAUCAUUGACCUGAAACAUUAACAUUCUUUCUGUCUCCACAUACACUGCCUGACAUGCUGAAUAUUUCCAGCAAUUUCUGUUUUUAUUUUGGAUUUUACAGCAUCUGCAGUAGGCUGCUUUUAUAUUGUUUUGUCCUGAGUCAGCCAGUGCUGGCACCAGCUACACUCAGAUAAAACUGAUUUUACAUGCAGCACUGCAGGCGGUCUAAAAGGGACCACCUGUUAUAGCGCAAUUAACAAGUUGAGGUUUUAAAGUAUACUUACCUGAAUGUGGAACUGGGGGUAGUUAGGAAUGCUGCUCCGACCCUGUAUUCAACAUUGAAAGAGUAUCAGCCAUUGCUUUCCCCCACCCAUCCCCGCACCUCAUUCCCGCUGCUACUUUCCAUACUGCCACUCACCACCACUUCUGCAACCCCACUAUACAUCCCUGACCACUGCUUCCUUCCCAAUAUGAUCACCUCCUCUUCUUGAGCAUCCACCCUGUUGUGACAGCAGCCUGAUCAUCAGUGUUGCUUCACUGGUGAGCUGUUUGUUACGAGCUCACCACGCAAUAUUACUGAGGCCUGAGACAGAAAAUCAGAUGCACCUUGGGUCUGAACAUUCAGGUGCAGGGAUCUAACCUUGUCCACCACUACUCCCACCCCCCACAUCCCCAACCCUCCCACCGUAUCCAAAUAUGGGUGCACCCGAAUUUCUAGGCUAUGGACCUUAGUUUUUUCACCAUUCUUGUUGCAUACAUUGCGAAGGUUGUUUUUAUUGUGCACCUAUUGUUCAAUCUACAAUGUGUUCUGUCAAUGCACAGUAGUCAUCCUCCUCACCAUUUCUUUUUACUUAAGGUAAAAGCUGUAUUGUUGUAUUUUCGUUUCCUGAACUCAAAAUUAAAUAGUAUUAUUUCAGAAGGAAAUAGACAGCCCAUAUGAAGUCUUGCAGAGUCAGUUACCUUUUCAUAAACAAAUCAUACUGCUAUCAAAAUGUCGAAUUUUCUUUAUUAUCAUCCAAAAUACAUUAAAGGAACUUGCUAUUCAGAGGAGUUUUAUGGGCUGUACAUUUUCAGGACUGUGGUAAGAAUUUUUUUAUUAAACUGAUUGCCGUCGUGUUACAAGACAUUGAACGAUGAUCAUUUGACUGUUUGCUGGGUUUGAAAAUAUGAAUAUAAUGAGAGUAUAGUUUAAAAGGGACAGUGUCUGCCUCACGUGGGUCAUUCCACUUGUUCGUUUCUUUUUAAGUAAUGCAAAGAAUCACACAAGUAGUCGCAAUUGAUCGUUGCAAUGGGAUUCUUAAACUGACAAGGUGCAUGGGGAACUGAACAAAUCUAAGUAUUUACUGCAACAGUUGGAGUCCAAGGAAGCUAAUUGUUGUUUUUAUCGACUCUACAAUAUUAUCAAUUGAAGAAUGUGCAAAAGCUUUUCACGUGUACAAGAAUACAAUAGAAGUUCUACUGGAAAUGCCCUGAUAAUGCUAAUUGAUUCCUUUAUCCCAUUGUUUCAGUUAAGUAAACUCUGUAGAAUGCAUGGGAUUCUAUCUCCGUAGAACUGGUGCCUGAAGAAAGUUCCCCAUUUGAAAUGAAUCUUCCUAUUGAACAGGGUGUCCACUAACUGGCUGAUGCUGUACUAUAAUGUAAUUUAGUUCAAAUAAACAUGGUGCCCACUCCAGGCAGAUAUUUCUUUUUUAAAUAAGAUGCAUGUGUAUCUGAUGCUGCCUAAUGCUAGCCUGUAGGCUAUGCAACCAUCAUCAGAUGAACUGAGGUAAAAUUGGAUUGUGUGGCUUGACUAUGCCUGACAUUAUGUAAUAAAGUAUCACGAUGUGCAUUCAAAUAUAAGGUACAUUUUUUAGAACUGUUUUGAUUUCCAUAUAUGAAACUUAACUGUAAACUUUGCGCUGUGCGCAGGUUUAGUUUUAAUAACCUUGCCUACUAGAGUUUAGGUUACUAUGGCAACCCACAUGUAAGUUAAUGUAAAGUAGACACAAGGUAUGAAUAAAAAGUGUUGAAAAAAA